GAGGACGAGUCAAAGUCGUUCACCGUCUUGGCCUACAAGGUUGAGCGCGGCCUGCGUGUCUUCAACAAGGUGUUCACGGAGCAGGCCGAGGCCCUCUGGGAGGCCCUCAUCACGCUGCACGCCCUCGCUGAUGACAUCAGCGAAUUUCACCACAAAGCGAGGAUCGCCGGCAUCACCGGCGGCACCACCACCGCUGUGGGCAGCGUAGCCGCCAUCACGGGCUUGGCUCUGGCUCCCAUAACCUUUGGGGCCUCACUGGUGAUCACAGCUGUGGGUGUGGGUGUGGCUACAGCUGGAGGAAUCGCCUCUGCCUCUGCAGCCAUCUCUGACAACGUUAACAACAUGCACGACCGCAAGAAGAUCGAAGAAUUACUGAAGGAGUACGAGGAGCGCCUACUGGACAUCGCCAAGAUCCUCCACUUCCUCAACCACGGGCUGGUCAAGCUGCGCGGACAUCCAUUCCUCCGGUCCGGCACGCAGCACUACUCUCAGGACUGGGAGGUCCGAAACGCCGUCCAGAUCAUCAGCCUGGUGGACGCUCCCGUGAUGAAAGCGACGGAGAUAACGGACAACGCCGUGGCUUCGCUUCAGGGCCUCUUCAAAGGGAUGGACAAGUACUUCACCAAGGAGACCAGAGAGCUGAAGAAAGGCUGUAAGAAGGAGAUCGUGAGUGAAAUCAGACAGGUGGCCAACGUGCUCAACGACUGCGUCGUGGAUCUGAACGAGAUCAGGGAGGAUCUGCAGAAAGCUACAGGGUUAUGA